CUUUGUGCACUACAAAUGGUCAUUUUCGUUCGCUACUGGAGGGUAAAAACAUGACACAAUAUCGCCCCCUGUGUCACCAUCAGUGCAACCUCAAUCCAUAAAAGUAACGGGACCGAUGCGACGGACACGGAUUCGACCAAUUAAAACGGCCAACUCCAGCGCUCCGUCCUGAUAGACUCAGAAUCGGGCAACAUAUGCAGGAGCUCCUUGCUUUGCAGCCAAUGGGAAGUCCCGUGGGGUCGCGGUGGGAGGGAUUACAUCCUAUCACAGAGAGAAGGCUGAGCUGGUGGUGGAGGAGGCGAAAGAAAAUGGCGGCCGUGGCUGCGGAGCCAGGAGCUUCUGCGGCAGCAACCACAACAGCGAGGGAGGGAGCGGAGCUAGAACACGAGGUGGUGCAGCCAGCUGCGAGGGAGGCCCAAUUUAAGGCCGAGGCUGCGGAGCACCGCGCCACAGUGAUGGACCUUGUGCGCGUACCCAAGAACGGAGAUGCAGCUCAGGAAUGCAGCGUGGGUCGCGCCGAGGCGCAGCGCAGAGCUCCCCAAGAGGCCGUGGGCAGUGCUCGCUGUAGUCCCGGAGGGGACAGACAUGCCGCGGAGGGGAGCCCUGGAAGUGAGCCCGACGCUGUCCCGAAGAGCCCCGGCUGCAAGACAGGAACCUGGAGGGACCUCGGGUGCGAGGAGGUGAACUCUAGCGCUGGGUUGACUCCCAGUGAGGGGACGGUGAGCGAGGUCGCUCCGCGCGGGUCGCCUCCACGAGUCCAGCUGGCCGCCGGAUCGGAACCGGCAGCAGCAGAGCUGUCCACCGGGUUCCCGGAGGCUGUCCCGGCGGUGCCGACAGAGACGUGGCUCGCAGCGCCUUUUUUGUCUCUAACGGAUAUGACUGAACUGGGGAGAGGAUGCGCUGCACUCAUCGAAUCGGACCUGACCGGGGGCACCGACAUCCACCCUGAAGUACGCGUUUCAUUGGAGCCACCUGCGGUCGAACCAUCGCCAGAGCUCGGACUGGGGAGCGCCGAUCUCCUGCAGGCGUACGCGAUGUACGCGGUCCCCACAAGUCCGAGGACCACGGAACAUCUCACGGUUGCAGAAAGCAGCGAGGAGCGCACGUACCCGGAGGCGCCGGUGGACAAGGAUCGCAUCCCGGCUGCAUCGGACCCGCAGCACUUUGACACGCCUCCGAUCAGCGCCGACGUGCAGGACGCCCCGCUGAAAGCCGCGCUGGCCGGCCCCGAGGACGAAGGGCUACGGACCGAAUCUAUUGCGCAGCUCAUCCCCGGGUCAGAGGUUCGAGUCUCGUUGGAUCACAUCAUCGAUGACGCCCUGGUGGUCUCGUUUCGGCUCGGAGAGAAAAUCUUCUCGGGGGUCCUUAUGGAUGUCUCUAAAAGGUUCGGACCGUACGGGAUUCCGGUCACCGUGUUUCCCAAGAGGGAAUACAGGGAUAAACCCGAAACUAUGCAGCUAAAGGCAGAACCAUUCCCGUCAGAGCUGGAGAAGGGGCAGGAAGAGGGCGCCCCCGACGAGCAGCGGGGCGAGGCCUGCCAGACUUCCAGCGUGCCCGAGCCCGAGCCCACCACCACUCAGUGGACCUUGAAGCCCCCUCCUCUGUUCCAGGAGGGGGUACCGUACCCCCCACCUUUGUUUAUCAGGGACACUUACAGCCAGUCGAUACCUCAGCCCCCUCCCCGCAAGAUCAAACGGCCAAAACGCAAGCUGUACCGGGAGGAGCCCACGUCCAUCAUGAAUGCCAUCAAGCUCCGCCCACGGCAGGUGCUCUGUGACAAAUGUAAGGGUGCCGUGGUGGGUGGGGACAAGCGGGAGGUGAGGCGUGGCCCCGGGCCAGAGUGCCGCGCCGAGGAGGCCAAGCGUCGGCGCGGCGAGAACACGGCCGGAGCGGGCAAGCGACCCCGCACUGAAGCCAGGGCCGAGGGCCCCCGCAAACAGGGGCCAGUAGUGCGAGUCGCCACCACGAUGGGCCAGGUUAGGGGCCCCAGCGUGAUGGAGGAUGAUGCAGCCGCUGCACCUGCCGUCAGCGGCCCCCGCGUCCAGCUAAAUGCCAAGAAGGUGCUGCAGAACAAGAACGUGGACCACUGCAAGGCACGUGAGGUGCUCAAGAUGGCUCGUGUCACACACCGGAGGCAGCGGGACAAGGCCAGCGCUGUCACCAGGACACCCAUCAGCAGGACUUCCUCCCCCCAGGACACCCACCAGAAGGUCCACUUCACCCGGCGGCUGCACCAGAUUAGCGGGGGCGGUGGAACGGGCGUGGCUAGCAGUGCCGCUCUGCCUCCGCGGAUUCGCAUCAAGCCUCAGAGGUACCGCAACGAGGAGAACAGCUCGUCAGCCGGUGUGGCUCUGAGCUUCGAGAGGGGGUCCGCAAAUGGCGGCAAGGUGGCAGGCAGGUCGGCGCCGCCUCGCUGUGCCUCCACGCGCUCCUCCUGCUCCGGCCCCCUGGCCGUUGCUGCUGCUGCUGAAAACCACAGCCCGCCUGCGGACUUUGACACUGAACUCGGAUCCUUGCUCCCGUCCGAGGCCCUACCCCACCCGGAACGGGAGCACAGUCCCCAGCUGAAGCCCGGGGACCCGGACGUGGAGGCUGAUGAGCUAGGGGGACAGGAGGAGAGGCAGGGGGCCAAGGCAGGUAGCCUCUCGAUGUACGUGUCCCUUAACGCCAGUCAGCCAGACUCCUCCAGCGUCUCUGUCUGUAGCGUCGAUAGCGCCGAUGACCUUAAGUCCUCCAACUCGGAGUGUAGCUCCACGGAGACCUUUGACCUACCCCCUCCCGGCGCGCUGCACUCGCCUCCCGUCCCUAGCUCAUCCUCCAUAGUCACCGCUUCCUCCACAACCCCGUCUUUCUCUUCCUCCUCUUCCUCUUUGUCAGUCCCUAAGGAGGAGAAGAAACCUAGCAAGCCCUUAAAAGCUGCAGUCUUUUCCAAAAACGUCUCUAAGUGCGUCACGGCCGACGGCAGGACCAUAUGUGUGGGGGACAUCGUUUGGGCCAAAAUUUACGGCUUCCCCUGGUGGCCCGCGCGCAUCCUAGUCAUUACCGUGAGCCGUAAAGACAACGGGCUCUUGGUCCGGCAGGAGGCUCGCAUCUCCUGGUUCGGGUCACCUACCACGUCCUUCCUGGCCCUGUCGCAGGUCACCCCCUUCCUAGAGAACUUCCAGUCACGCUUCGACAAGAAAAGAAAGGGCUUAUACCGCAAAGCCAUCUCUGAGGCGGCCAAGGCGGCCAAGCAGCUCACCCCAGAGGUGCGUGCCCUGCUCACGCAGUUCGAAACGUGAGCGCCCCCUACUGGGAGGGAUGGGCGGUCGCAAAGGUGAGCGCCUCUCCCCAGACCAUGCCAACCAUUUACCAGUAUACCCCCCCCCAACCUUUUUGAAAAAAUAGCUUGAGACCAGCUUGUCAUGUAUGUACUAGUCAGUGGAAGUGGGGGUUAUGGGCAAGAGGGACACCCCCCCCCUCCCCCGUCAUCAUUAGUGAGGAUAGGAGCUCUGUGAGGGCCGUGGACGAGGCUGAGGAGUGUUAAUGGUGAUUUUCGUUAUUUGUUUCACUCAUCCUGUUUCUUUAUGCUCAUGCCCAGUCUUGUGGUGUGUAAAUGCCAAUGGGAAUGACAUGUUAGAACCUGGGGGUGAUUCCCGCCUCCUGCCAGGUGCCUGGGUCCUCCUGCUGCCGCUGUAGGCCGACCCUCUAACCCCCUCCCCCCAGACUUCAGCCCCCGUAGUCCUUUUUGCCUUCCACAUGCACGGCAGGGUGGGUCUGAUUAGCUUCAGUGCAGGCUGCGUAAUUGACUUUUCUCGUUAGCGCUUGGAACAAUUGAGCCCCCUCCCCCAGCAGGGGGAUUGUGUUUCUGGCGGUGCGUGUAAUGGACGGUCGGGAGCAUUUGGAGAGCGUCCAGCCCGCUAGCGCAGUGCAUAGGGCCUGCUGGCGGGAGUGCGGUUGCCUGGCGACACUUGGGAAUGCUGUUGUGUUGAGGUUUGCUGAUGUCCACGGCUGCCACCUACAGCUUCUGUUGAGAGAGCCUGUGGGAGCGGCCCGGCGACCUCAGCCUGACGCCGAAUCAGGGCCCGUCUGCGCUUCGCGGCUCACACAUGCCGAAAGUGUCCGGUUUUCAGUUCAAACAAGAAGGAGCCCGAUUACUGGCCUAAGAUCAAAUGGCCCGAUUUUGCGCUGACAGCUGUGAACCCUGAUUGGUGAUAUCAGCAUGCACUAUUUCCCGUCACCAAAUGUUUUUAAAAGUAUAAAAUCAGGUAUUUGGGCUGUAGACUUUGAGGUACCCUUAACCAAUCCAAACGAACGAUAUCGUAUUCUAUAGAAGAGAUCACUACAAUACUGUAUGUACUUUAGACUGUGUGUUUCUGUGCUCGCGUGCAUGUGUGUGCAUGUAUGUGUGUGUAUGUGUGUGUGUGUGAGAGAGAGAUCUUUCUGGAAUACCUCUGGGAGCUCCCUGCUCCACGUGGUGGGGGUGAGAUGGUCGGCCGAGCCUGAGAGUAGCAUUCGCUGCCUGAAUCUCAUCUGACUGCUUGCGGACUGUCCCCCCACAAGACACAACAGCAGGGGACGCUCCUGCUGUCUCACCUCAUUGGCUGUUCCAUUAAUAGUGCCCCCCUCCGUUAAUGUUGUGGUGCAAAGAGAUCAUGAUGUGAAUAGAAUCAAAUAUGCACUGAAAUGUGCUUUGAGAUUAACCUGAGAAACUCUCUCCUUGUACUGUACUGUGAUUCUGAUUAUGAACUUUUUUUGACCGUCAACAUUAUGCUUCUGGUUUGGCCAGGAGUUGGUUGUAACACUAAGUCACUCAUUUCAAUUUCCCUUUGAAGCUGCUUGUGGUGUCGGUAUGUGGUGGAGGGUGAGAUUGUCUGCCCCCCUCCCCCCACACAUACACACACACACACACACACACACACACACACACACACUGCUUAGGGCUAGCAUCCGGGGGAGGUAAGGCUCAUUUGCCGGAGGAGAUUAUGUGGGGAAGGCAUCCACUGCUGGGUAAUGUAAUCUGACGGCUGUCCUGUGACUGAGGUCGUGGCCUCCACUGACGUGUGGGGGCUGGAUUAACAGGAUUGCCCUGCUCACAGUAGGGUGGUUUGAUGGCUGUGGGAGGCGGAGCCCAGUGUGGCACAGCCUUGUAUGGUGGUGGUGGGGGGUGAUGCCCUGUGAGUGCCUGCAGGAGGCGGGGCCCUGUGAGUGCCUGCAGGAGGCGGGGCCCUGUGAGUGCCUGCAGGAGGCGGGGCCCUGUGAGUGCCUGCAUGAGGCGGGGCCCUGUGAGUGCCUGCAGGAGGCGGGGCCCUGUGAGUGCCUGCAGGAGGCGGGGCCCUGUGAGUGCCUGCACGAGGCGGGGCCCUGUGAGUGCCUGCACGAGGCGGGGCCCUGUGAGUGCCUGCACGAGGCGGGGCCCUGUGAGUGCCUGCACGAGGCGGGGCCUGGGAUGCAUGGGCCCAUGUGGCUGCAGGAGGAGGGGCUUGCACUCAGCGAUGAUCAAAAGGCCCUGCUUGUUGGAGGGAAUCCAGAACUGAACGCAGGCAGGCAGCCCACAGCCCCUGAAGCCCAGGCAGCCACCAUGCAGAUGAGAGCCUCUCUGUGCGAUCCCUUUCAUCUCCUCUGAGCACUAGGCCCCUCCCUCUCCCAGUGACGCAAAACCUGAUAGGACAGCAGAGUGCUGUCACAGAGCGAACCCGCCUGCUCUGAGAGGAUGGGUAGAAUCAGUUCAGUUUAAAUUUAUCAUGUCCCUGGUGACACCCUGUCGAAUCUUAUUGGCUUCAAAAUGCAGGUUGGGAAUGUGCUGGGAGUGCUGCUCUGCAGUGCUGCUCUGCAGUGCUGCCUCGGCCCCGACCUGCAGUUGGCCUGCACACCGGCCCCAUGCAUCUGCCACCUUCUUCCCUGACUUUGGAGUUCCAGGAUCGCUGUCCACGUCCCGUUUUUUUUUUUUUUUCCUGGCGUGGAACCCAUAGUGACCUCUGUGUACUGUCUAGAGGCGUGGGCGGUGGUCCCCCCCUCGUGUGUGUGUGUGUGUGUGUGGGCUGGCCUUUAAGAUGUCUUGACCCGCAAGUGUCUGGCCUACUUAUUGCUCUAGUGGACACUAUCAAAUGAUGUCAUGCCAUCAUUGUAUGUUUUUACCCAAAACUGGUUCAGCCCAUGUUUUUACUACACGAAGGCCGACUGUCUCGGCUCCGUUUAUACAAAAAUGUGAAAGAAAUGGACGUAUGAAUAUGAAGGCAUUUCUGCUCCUCUUGCUCCACUUGGCCUGAACUGCACAACAGGCCGGUUUUUUAUUUUAACCCCCCCCCUCCUCCAACAUACGCUUUCCUGGUAGGACACACUGAACUAUCACCCACAAGGCAAAGUGGUGUAUUUAAAGGUUGGUGUUUUUGUUUUGUUUAUUUGAUCAGAUUUUCUUCCCCUUCCUAUCUGUUUGCAGACCAGAGAAUGCUGUAUAGUGGACAAAAAGAGCAAUGGGGAGAACAUAAUUUGUGUAAAUGUUUUCUGAUGUAAAAAGAUUAUGUAAAUAAAAUCUUAACUACAAGA